AUAGAAUCACAAUUCGCUACCGUGAGUUGAUCUAACUUGCGAAAAAGUACAUUUCUAGUAUGACAUGAAAUAGAAGUUGGCAAGACAAAUACUAUACUAAAUAUCAAGGACUGAAAUGCUCAAAGUACAAAAGUUAUUGGACCUUUUGCAGAAGAAGCAAAAGUACAAGGGUCUAAAAGCGAUUUAACAGAAAUAAUAAAAUAUAAUUCCGUUAAUUCUGAAAGAAAAGAGGGCCAACAGGGUAAUUAUUGAAACCCCAACGGAUAGCUGAGACACAGUCCACUCUAUGCCUCACGCGCCAACACUUGUACCGUUAAAUUAAAGUACUUUCCCCCCCCGCGUCACGCCAAAAUUGGCCGAUCCCACACCUUUCGGCACGGCAAGAAACGUCGUCGUUCCGCGCGUCGCUGUCCUCACUCCUCCUAACCAUUGGACAAAUGGCAUAUGCGAUAUUUCCACAGCGGAUCUCCCACAUUUAACCCUAGUCAGUCUCCUAACCGAACCCCGGUUACUCUCCCACCCGUUGCGAUCCCGACACGUGUUCCAAUCCGACGCUCAGAUCUCAAUCCCUUUCACCUUUCACCGCCUCUCAUCGUAUAUAUAAACAACCACCCCUCGCCAGUGAAAGACCAUAAACCCUAACCUUAUCGAAUUUCACCCGAGCGAAAUCAAAUCCCUAAUUCCCCGAUUUUCUCUCUCUCACCAUGGCCAAUCCCAGAGUUUUCUUCGACAUGACCGUCGGCGGCCAGCCGGCCGGCAGGAUCGUGAUGGAGCUGUACGCCGACGUCGUCCCCAAGACCGCUGAGAACUUCCGUGCCCUCUGCACAGGCGAGAAGGGCGCCGGGAAGAUGGGGAAGCCGCUCCACUACAAGGGAUCCAGCUUCCACCGCGUGAUCCCGGGUUUCAUGUGCCAGGGAGGCGACUUCACCGCCGGGAACGGCACCGGAGGCGAGUCGAUCUACGGAGCCAAGUUCGCCGACGAGAACUUCGUCAGGAAGCACACCGGCCCUGGGAUCCUGUCCAUGGCCAAUGCCGGGCCCGGGACCAACGGAUCUCAGUUCUUCAUCUGCACCGCCAAGACCGAGUGGCUGGACGGCAAGCACGUCGUGUUCGGGCAGGUCGUUGAAGGUAUGGAUGUGGUGAAGGCGAUCGAGAAGGUCGGAUCUGGAUCUGGCAGGACCUCGAAGCCCGUCUGCGUCGCCGACUGUGGCCAGCUCUAAGUGGGGGAGUGUUUUUCCGUUCCGUUGAUGUUAUUUUUCAACCGGUGACGUGAUGGUGGUGUUGUUGGUGUCUUUUCUCUUCCAUGUCUGUGUCCUGUUUUCGUUUCGCUUUUAGUCGAUUAGGGUUUCGGAGGUCUCUUUAGGGAUUCGGUUAUCGGAGUCGCUCCUAUCGGAGCCGGAGUUUGGACGGGGACAAUUGGCUGGUCUUUGUAACGCUUUUUUAUGUGUUUCAGAAUCGGAUCUACCAAUUUCCAUAAAUAAGAUUAGGGUUUGCGUUAUCUCGAUUUUCUCUUCCUUUUACCUUGAUUUCGUCGCUCUGUUCUUACUGUUCUUGUGGAUUAGCCCCGCUGUGGAUAAAGGACAAAUCUCGGAGAGAAAGAGUGGAAAUUUAGAUUAAAUAAUUGAAUUCGGUACAAUCGAUGUUGACGGGAGAAGACUGAAGAGUAGAUAAGAGUACUUGGUCACGGUGGGCCUCUUGCUGGCCCAUGAUGUGAAGGCCCAUCUAUUACUUUAUGCUUGUUUUCCGCCUGUACAAAUUGUCUGCCAUUAAGAUAUUCCAUGCGCCGGAUCUCAAGCACUAAAGAUUAGAUUAGAAA